AAAUAGGUCCAGCCCAGCAUCUCUAAACCCUAAUCAAUCAGUCGGUCGCCGCCGUCCGCCCGUCCGCUCAGCCGGCCGAGCGCUCGAGCCUCCUCCGUCCCGCUCCCGCCCGUCCGCCGAGCGCCGACGGCCCGAGCAGCCAGCACCGCCCAGCAGGCGAGCCGCUCCGCCUCCGCGCCUCUAUCCGCCGUCCGCUCGUCCCGAGGCCGCGAGCCGCUCCGCGGCUACGACCCUCCGCCCGCCGUCUGCCCGUCCAGCGAGCGCCCGACGGCCCGAGCAGCGGAGCAGGCGAGCAGCUCCGCGCCUCCGGCCUUCGCCCGCCGUCCGCUCGGGCUCGGACCGAGCCGCUCCGCCCACCGUCCGCCGAGCGCCUGACGGCCCGAGCAGGCGAGCAGCUCCGCGCCUCCGCCCGCCGUCCGCUCGGCCCGAGCAGCUCACUCGCUCAGCCGCAGAGCCGCUGUGCCUUCCACUUCCAGCAAAGUGGAAAAUCGAUUUGUCCACAUUUCAGGCGGACACCACCGUGUCGCCCCCGCGUCCUAAACCUCUCACUUCGCCGGGGUCCGGUAGCGGCGAACGAUGCUCCGCCGCGCGCUCCUCUCCUCCGUCUCCCCACUCCACGGAACGGUACGAAUCCCGAGCCCCAGCUACUCUCCUAUCCAAGCCCUUCUCGCUCAAUGGAGCAGGUACGCCUCCGUGGUCUCAUCCUCGGCCCCGCCGCCGCCGCCGCCGCCCCCUCCAUCUCCGCCUCGAGGUCCAUCGAGGUCGAGCGGUGGAGGUACCACUUCCUCGUCGCUGAACCCUGCAGAGGUCGCCAAGUUCGCCUCCAUCGCCGAGACAUGGUGGGAUUCUAGUGGCCCAUUCAAACCUUUGCAUGUGAUGAAUCCAACCCGACUGUCUUUUAUCCGCUCCACUCUCUGUAGACAUUUCAGGAGGGAUCCAAAUUCAUCUAAGCCACUUGAAGGUCUCAAAGUUAUUGAUGUUGGAUGUGGAGGUGGCAUUCUGUCAGAGCCUCUUGCUCGAAUGGGUGCUACGGUUACUGCAAUUGAUGCUGUUGACAAGAAUAUAAAGAUUGCAAGUAUUCAUGCGGCAUCUGAUCCAACAACUGCUUCGAUUGAGUAUUGUUGUGCAACAGCUGAGGGACUGGUAAAAGAGAAAAGGCUGUUUGAUGCUGUAAUUUCUCUUGAGGUGAUUGAGCAUGUCGCCAAUCCUUUGGAGUUCUGUGAAUCCCUCUCGGCUUUGACAAUUCCUAAUGGUGCCACUGUGAUUUCCACAAUCAACCGAUCAAUGCGAGCAUAUGCCACUGCAAUAGUUGCUGCUGAGUAUAUCCUCAGAUGGCUUCCUAGAGGCACACAUGAGUGGUCCAAACUGGUUACCCCGGAGGAGCUUGUCCUAAUGCUGCAAAAGGCUUCCGUCUCCGUCGAAGAGAUGGCAGGGUUCGUUUACAAUCCGUUGAGUGGAGAAUGGUCCCUGUCAGAUGAUAUCAGUGUGAACUACAUUGCUUUUGGCGUCAAGAAGGGUGAAGCAUCAUCGACAAAUGGCAGAGAUGCAAGUUUAUCAUAGCUGAAGAAAAACACGUGACCUUGAAUUGUCGGGCAUCAUUUUCAGAGGACCAAUUCAUGUCACUGAAAUCUUACUGCUAAGGAUGCAACCAAGUAGCAGAAGAGAAUUCUCUUGCCCUUUGUUAGUCUUGGAAACUGGAGCUUGUGGAGUGAUGCUUCCUGGAAGCGCCAUUGAGAAGUCAAGUUGACAACAAGUGACUGCUAACAAGUAGAGCUAUCUGCCUUUUUUGGGUAAUGUUUCGGGCAGUUUUUCUCAAUUUUGUGGCAAUCACUGAUGAUCUAAAUAAAAAUAAUACUACUACACUGCUGUACGUGAAAACUGAACAGAUUUGCUGUCUGGAAAUGUAACUAUUUUUAACAGUUAAGGCUUGUUCGUUUUUGCGUUAA